AUGGUUGUGACAUUGCUCCCUGAAGCAGUUCAUGCUUCAGAGAAAGAUCAGGUGCUUGACAUGAAAGGCUCCGGGCUUCUCCCUGGCAUUCCAUAUUACCUGAUAACAAGUCAAUGGCCCCUUGGUGGUGGUGCUGUCAGCCUAGGCAAAGGUGUAAACGAAACCUGCCCAGUUGAUGUUAUUCUACUGGAAAACCUUUCUGCUAAAGUUGAAGAUGAUGUCAAUACCAUAUUCCGGGUUGUCAACGUGGGCGACCCAUAUGGUUCCUACUACAAGCUUGGGGCUUACAAGUUCUCUUCUUAUGGUCUACUUCUUUCGACUAGUGACGUAGGUGUUGAGUUCAACUUCAUAACGGGAAUUAGACGUUUGGCUUUGACCGAACCACCAUUCAUUGUUUCAUUUGAAGUGGCUCUGGAUUAUGAGGCAGGUUUAAAAGAAAUGGUGUGA